UUAUCUAUUUGGCAGUAGCAUGAUCCAGCGCUAUUUGGUGCGCCUGUUUUAAUAUGAUUAUCGUUCGAAAUUAUAAUAUUAUUGUGCCCAUUAUGCUCAACCUGCUGGUUAUCAUAAUAUGGAUGGAUUAUUGUCACGUCUAUUAUGGCUAUGAUUUGCUCUUCUGGUUAGAGGAAAUCGGUCGCAAACCAGUUGAGUAUUUGCUGUCAGCCACAGUCCUGUUGAUGUUCCUUCAUGUUGUGACGUCGUGUGUUACGGUCACGAUUCUCUCAACGCUCAUCGGACGCAACACGAACCGUAUCAAUAAGCCUCGAGCGUACCUUGAGGAACGCUAUAGACGAUUUGUGGUUAUGCGGCUAGUGCAGCAAUUGGAAAAUGCAUUGCAAAUGCAAAAACGCUAUGCGGCACAGACUGAGCACGGCCAACCGAAGGAGCUGACAAUGCUGGAGAACUUGUACACAUCCCACAAGCAGAUCCUUCAAGCCGUCGACGAUUUUCGCCGCUCUGUGGCUGUGCUGCUGUGGCCGAAUCGUGCAGAUAUACAGAUGGAUGCGUAUAUCCUCUAUCACAUCGAUGAGAUUCAGCUGGAAGAGCUCAAAAGUCAGGGCUAUAGGUUGAAUGUGCCACACAACACAGAUAUUCGUAAUGAACACAUAAAACGUUUGCUCAAUCCACCAGGAUAUUGAAAUUUACAGCAUAUACUUUCGCUAUUCUUGUAUAUACCAUAAAUAAACAUGUUGUCCUUUUGCAAGUA